AUGUGUGUAUCAGAACUCUACUCAUAAAAAACCAGAGAAAAUCUGUACAAAAUGUUCACGAAUGAAAACAUACUCACUUGGAAGACUAGUUUCUUGCCGAGGUCGAUGUCUAUAAAAAUUGGAGAGCUUCUUAAUUAGGAUAAGGAUAGGACCUAACAUUCAGUAGGUGCAAAUCAUUCCAAUUAUAUGUCAUAACAUGCUUAGAGUUCAGGAGCUUUGCAUGGGUUGCAGCUUUAACAAUCUAAUUUAAACAUUAACAGCACUAAUGCUGUAAUAUACAACACCAACACACACCAUCAAGUCCCAUCCUCUUAAGGUAGCGGUUAGCAUUUCUAAAGUACGAAUGACUAACCACAACAACAAUAACAUUCAAAAUAGAUUAAAUUUUCAACUGGUUCAGGAAAACCAAUGGAUAAUCAAGAAAUAAAGAAGUUAGGAAUCGUUUAGGACCCUCGUAAAUUCUACUUGGACGUAGGAGUGAUUCGAAGUAAAUUUAGAAAUGCCUCCAGAAAUAUCCAGUAGAAAAUUAGCAAUGAAGCGGAGCAAAAGGGUGCUCCUGGAAUAUUCAAAGUUUCAACUUCCCCUUCAAAUCGAUUGUUUGAAGAUAAUAAUAAUAAAAAUUAUCAUCAUAGAGCAGUCCAAUCAAGCAGGGAACACGAAAUAAAACAAAUGCGAUUUCACAAAGAGAAACUGAUCAACUAGAUCCUUCGAAAGUAUUAAAACAAGGAGUAAUUGAAGGAAAAAGAGAUGAAGCAGGGUAAAUUAACUGCAAGAAUGAUUGUAGAUCGAAUGGAGAAAAUAGAGCACCGUGAAAACAUCAAGAGAAUCACAUAAAAAAUGAAACUAACUGAUAUGGAGCAAAUACAUCUCUUUAAUCCAUAUAGCAGUGCUAUGCUUGUAAAAGAAAACCCGUAUUCUUCUGCAGAAAAAAGUCUUAGAACUAGUUCAACUUCUGUUAAAUACGCCACAAUAUCCACCAAUUCCAAGCAGAGAUCUCGAUAACCUAAAUUAAACAAGAGCAAGAGUGAUAAUUAGGUGAAAAAAAUAAUGAGUCAAUGUGAAAUUUUUAGAAGGUAGAUGAAUGUUAUAAAUUUGGAUAUAAGAGAUUUGGAAGAUAAUAUCGACAGAGCAGAUGUGAUGCUAAAGAAACUGGAACUAGAAGAUGAGAUCCUAAUUGCUGGGAAAGAUUUUCUCUGA